AUGUACUCUCCCAAGUUGAUCCUCAGUGUCCUCACUGCCCUUUUGAUCCCCGUCUAUGCCCAGAUUCCUGCGGGCUGCAGCGAGUUUGACGGUGGUGGAGGCGAACUUGCACAGAACCAGUGCCCAAGCGGCCAAAAAUUCUGUGGUGGUGCCCCGGGUGGAGGUCUUGCAUACAUCUGCUGUCCUAACAGCGUCUCUUGUUAA